AGGAAUCUCUGGCCGAAGUGCAGCUACCUUUCGGAUCGAAGCACGUCGUACACACCAGGGGCACGCUAUUUCGACUCCGUCCACCGAGGAAGACGCCGAGCUGUCGCACUUUGUACAGUAUAGUCUCACGUCCAGUCGCCUCAAGCGUCGAGUGACAAACAACCGGUAAAGCUGCACGCGGAGCGCAUGGAGCGAGGCGCGUUGUUGUCGUUGGAAGCCUGGUCGACUGUGGCGGCCGUUCGGUCGUUCACGAGGCAGUUCUGCGCUAUGCGAGGUCGGUAUCGUAGUCUCGAAGAGUCUAUGGUGCAAUGCAGGCUAAGUCAUGGACAAAAAGAAAACAAGGAAGGACGCAACUUGCUCUGCAAGUCGCCGGUCGUAGAUGGUUGCGCAGGUACAAAUCCGAGUGAGCGUACUCCGUACUGGGCGAAUGAGUGGGCGAGGCGGACGGUGCUCAGAAGUGCACAGACAAGAGAUGAUGUUCGGGCGAGGAUGAAAGUAUCAGCUGCUCUGAUGAUCGUUUGUGGUCGUCUUUGUCCCCCAGCAGCAUUGAUACUUUGGAAGGACGGAACGACGUGAUGCGCGCCCGGACGGUGAUAGUGGUGGUGGUGAUGAAAG